CAGCACUUCGUGUUCAUCAGCAGCAUCUUUCUGCGGAUCUGCGCCCCUUACUUUCUGACUCUCCUCCUCCAAACAGUAGGAAAAAAAACAACAACAAGAGAUUAAAGCCGGAAGCCUCUUGUUUUGAUUGUAACAACAAUUCAUAAGACUGAGCAGGUGCUUGUUUCGUUUCUUUUUUUUCUUCUUCCCCGUCCUCGGAGGGUUGCUGAGACCGCUCCAGACCAUCAGACCACCGGACUCCUCUCGUUAGACUUCGCACUCUCACAAGGAAGAAAUGGGGAAACAGAACAGCAAGCUGACCCCCGAAGUGAUGGAGGACCUGGUGAAGAACACAGAGUUCAACGAGCACGAGCUGAAGCAGUGGUACAAGGGAUUCCUGAAGGACUGCCCCACCGGCCGACUAAACCUGGACGAGUUCCAGCAGCUCUACGUCAAGUUCUUCCCUUACGGCGACGCGUCCAAGUUCGCCCAGCACGCCUUCAGGACCUUCGACAAGAACGGCGACGGCACCAUCGACUUCAGAGAGUUCAUCUGCGCGCUGUCCAUCACGUCACGAGGCAGCUUCGAGCAGAAGCUCAACUGGGCUUUCAACAUGUACGACCUGGACGGAGACGGCAAAAUCACACGGGUGGAGAUGCUGGAGAUCAUUGAGGCAAUCUACAAGAUGGUUGGCACCGUGAUCAUGAUGAAAAUGAACGAGGACGGCCUGACGCCCGAGCAGAGGGUGGACAAGAUCUUCUCCAAGAUGGAUAAGAACAACGACGACCAGAUCACGCUGGAGGAGUUCAAGGAGGCGGCCAAGGGCGACCCGUCCAUCGUAUUACUGCUGCAGUGUGACCUCCAGAAAUAGGCCGGGACGCGGAGGGGAGCGCUCCGCCAGCCGCCACGGACUGCACAGAAAGAAUUUCAUGUUCCAUUCAGUUUGCAGCUAUUUCCACUGAAAAAAAAAAAAAA